CAGCUCUCCGCUCUGCCGCUCUGUAUGGAGCCUCUCACUUAUGAAUUGACAUGGAGGAUGAAGAUGGGACUUGUCUACUUGAUGUUUUGUGUGACCCCCAAGCCCUGAACGACUUCCUUUAUGGGACCAAUGAGCUGCAGACUGAAGACCUGCUCAUUAACCCCUCCUCUGGGGGGGGUUCACUCUUCACAGACGCCCCGAGCCCCGGCUCUCUGCUUGGAGAUGGCAGCGACCCCCCGGACUCGCCCCCCCCCGGCUGUGUGGAUCUGUCCUUCCUGGAGGAGGCGCUCCUGUCCUCUCCGGAGGGUGAGGAGGACCCCGAGGAGGAGCUGGGGGGGACGACACCUGUGCAGACUGGAUAUGAGGGGAAGAAAGGGGGGGUGCAGUGUGACAUCCUGCAGCAGAGCCUCCAGGAGGCCCAGAUCACGGAGCAGACCAUGGCUCUGGAUCCCGGGGGGGAUAACCUGUCGCUGUACUCGCCCCCCUUCAUACCCAGGGACACCCAGGCAGCGGUGGACCCCCCCCAGCCCUCCCUGCUGGCUGUGGGGCCCAGCUGCCCCUCCCUGAAGCCGGCCGCCCAGCUGAUGGGGCUCCUGCCUGGGAACGUUUUCCCCGAGACCUUCUCUCUGAGCUCCAUGAUCCUCCACAGGGCCGUCCCCAGGCCCCUCCCCACCCCCCUCCUGAGGGCCCCCGUCCCCCUCCUCAUCCAGUCCAAGCUGCCAGUCAGCAUCCAGCCCCGUCUGGUCCAGAUCAGCCCAAAACCACCGGGGCAGAAACAGAAACAGAAUCAGGCUCCGAGUCUCACCUUCGUCCCCGGGGCCGCCUCACCCAACAUCGUACUCUCCCCCCCCCCUCAGAAGCCUGUGGCCCCCCCGGCCCCCCCGCAACCCCCCCUCCCCAAACAGCUGAGCCUGCAGCUGGUGAACCCCGGAUCCUUCCUGCUGCAGCCUCACAUCUUCCAAGGCCACAACCAGUACCUUCUCCAGGGCCGGGCCCCCGUCACUAUCUCCCAGCAUGCAGCUCGGCCCCUGCUGGGGUCCUCCGCCGGUGGCCCUCAGAUCCUCACGGUGCCCCCCGCCUCCACCCCUCAGAUCCUCACGGUGCCCCCCCGGCAGCUGAACUUCAGCUUCACCUCGCCUGCAGGGCAGCUGGCGCUCCGGCAGGUUCUUUCCGGACCCUUACAGCUGCAGUCAGGGGCCCCGACUGUCUUCCAGAUGCCAGGGGCUUACGCUGCGGGGGGGCCGUGUAGCACUCUGGUCCACGGCCCGGCGCUCGGGAACCACAUCACCCUGAUCAACAGUUCAGGGGUUCUUCCCCCCGACCUCACCUCCAUCUCCAUUGUUAACGGACCCUCGGUGGUACAGGGGCGGCCCUUUGCUGCACGGGCCCCUGCUCUACAGACUGAGGGGCCCCUGAGCCGGCAGCAGGCCUCUGUGGUGCUGCUGCCUGAGAGAGCGGUGCAGGAGGAGAGGGGCCCCGAGGAGAUGGGCCCCGAGGAGACGCUGCAGCAGAUCCUACAGGUCCUGCAGCCGGUGACGGUGCAGCCCCCCCCUGCAGAACUACAGUCCCCCCGCCCUCCUGCAAUCACCGUCCUGCAGCCCCCGUCUGAAGCCCCGCUGCCCCCCCACCCGGCUGAGGAGAAACUCCUGAUGCCCCCCAUAGAUGUGACCACCUUAGAGGAGGAGGCGACCCCCCUCAUGAGUCAGAACGAGGCCUUUAUCCAACAUCUGCAACAGGCAGCUCUGAGCCCCCCUCUCUCCUCUGAGCUGUUGGCUGCAGACCUGCCGAUGGAGACCCUCUCCUCCCCGGACAGAGAGACCCCCCCCCAGAGCCAGGACCCCGUGGUCCAGAACCUGGAAGCUUCUCCGAUCCCCCUCAACCCCAAAGACACGUCUCUCAGCCUCCCCCCCUCCCCCCUUCAGGACGCAGAGAGAACCAGCUGCAGGUCCAGUCCUCUGUCUCCCAGCCUCCGUCCCCCCCCCCAGCCUGAUCCCCAGUCUUCAGGUCUCUCCACAGGAGGAGACCCCCCCCCUGUCCAACAGCACACACAACACAAGCCAACAGCUGCCUUGCUCAUGGAGCCUGAAGCGUUUCCUCUCCAGCCGUCAUCUCCUGCAGCCUGGGGUCAUGGUCAGGGUCAGGGUCAGGGUCAGGGGCCCCCAGAGCCCAGAGAGCGGACCCCCACCCUGAGGAGCCUGCAGACCUGCACCAAGCCUGCAGAUCCUCCACAGAGAGAGAGUCUCACACCAGCAGCACGCAGGCACCGGUUCCAGCAGCGGUUGUGUUCGGACCAGGCCUCGGUUCAGGCCUCUCUCUCCGGGCCGGCCUUCCCCUCGCUGCAGGACGCCGUCUCUCGCCUGCUGCCGUUCCACUGCUGCGCCGGAGAGCUGCCGACUCAGCAGCACUUCAACACAGUGGAUCAGGAGUUUGAAACGGUGUCAGGCUUCCUGCUGAAACGCACCAAGGACAUGGUGAACAAAUACAGGCAGCUGCUGGUCCGAGAGGCUCAGCAGGAGAGUCCGUCUGCAGAGAUGGUGAUGUUGGAGCGUCUGUUCCUUCAGGCCGAGCGCUGUGCGUUAGUGGAGGACAGACGGAGGGUCCGCAGAGACCCCGAGUCCUUCCUGUCGGCCAUGACCCCCUCCUCGUCUUCCCUCCCCCCCUCCUCCCCCCCGGCCUCCUGGUCCCGGCUCUCGGACCGGCCCCCGGGUCUGAAGACGUACCGCUCCAGCUCCCGCGGGGCCCUCAGACUCACCAUCAAGCACGAGUCCGGCUCCAGGAAGGUGGUGCACAACUCCGCCUGCGAACAGGGCCUCAAACGGGACCACAAGGGGCAGCUGACCAACGGGGGGCCCCACCCUCUUCUUCUGGGCCCCCACCCUCCUCUUCUGGACCCCCACCCUCCUCUUCUGGCCCCCCAGGAGACCCCUAACGGAGCCCACCCUCCAGAGGAUAUCCCCGACACAGAUUCCAAACUAAAACCUCUCCCCACACCGCAGAUUAAAGGCUCUCCUCACAGAGAAGUCAGCGCCCCGAAGGUAAAAUGCUCCCGUCCGGAAGCCCCCCUCCCUCGCCCGCUGCAGGAGGACCCCCUGCUGAACGAACACCUGCAGAGCGCCAUCGACAGCAUCCUGGAGCUGCAGCGCCUGCAGGGGCCCUCAGGAGCCCCCCCGCCGGGCCCCUGCCUGGACCAGGGGGUCAGCAGCGCUCUGCAGCUGUGA